UGUUUGGGCAGCCAAUAACCUCAUAGAAAGAUGCACAUCAACCUUUGCCUCUUAUCUGAGACGCAGGAUUUAGUUCUCAUUGUGAGUAUACACCCCGAUUGCAAAAUCUUUGACACCCAAAAAGCGUUAGUAAUGAACGAUGAAACCCAGCAGCUUUAUGGGACAUAUUUACAUGAUAAGCACAACUAAUUGUACGUGCUAAAUGAUGAAAGCCAUCCACGCUUUCCCGAGAGAAAAUGAUUGUUUAAGAUUCCCAGUCAUGAAUAAUGGAAAAAGUUAGGUACUUAUGGUGUAACUGGGCAUGAGCAAAAAUUUCCCCAUGAAGCUUUUGGGUCUCAUCAUUUAUGGAUUACACGUUUUAGGUUUCAACGUUUUUGCAAUGGAGGGUAUAUUUCCUGAGUCUGUUUGUAUCUCUAUCAUACUGAGGUAAAAGUGUGAGGAAGCGAUCAAAAAAUGAUUUAAAAAAUUUUAUGAACUCUUCACUUUGUGAGUGAUGGAAAUAACUGACGCCGUAAACUUUGUUUCAUUGUUGCAUUUUGGAGGUUGCUUCCUUCGAUCUUCGCGCUCAAACUGACAGGAAAAGUAUGGAAUUCUACUUUCUUUAGCAAUUGGUGUCGCCGUCUCGUUAAAUGUGACAUACGAAUUUUUUUAGGUAAAUAUUGAGUUUUUAAACGGAUAAAAUACGACCUAUUUGGCCACAUUAAACACCGAACCCACAAAAUAAAAGUAUAAAUGCUUGUUAUUAUAUUAUACCAUCGUGUUUGCUCACGAAUACAUUUGGAAAAUCAUUUUCUGUAAGGGAGGUAUGAAGAUUGCAUAUAAUAAAGAAUAAGGAUAACCUCCAUUUCCUAAAAGCCAAGAGUCAAACCAUUUUCGGCGAAAUUGUUGGGGAUUUCAUCGAGAAAACAAAAAGUUGGUUCUUGGUUCCUCUCGUCAAUUUAUUGACUGAUUUUCGCAUGGGAGUCAAACAGAUGAACAAAUCCUAUCCAAGCCAAUUAAACAUCGCCAGGUCAAUUGAUUUUGAUUUUUUUGCUAGAAAAUUUCAGCAUGCGAAUACAAAAUUAGCAUGGGUGGAUUUUUCCUUUCAAAAGUUACCGACUUAAUGGCCACAAUCAGUAGAAGAGAUUAGAAUUUGCAAGUGGCUCAGUAAACAUGUUGAUUAGCAUUUGAAUUUGUAUCCUGUGAAUAUUGAUAUUUGUUGCAAGCACGCAAAUAAUGCACUUUAUUUCUUGUCGUGUUUUCGUCUACUUUUCCAUCAAGCGAUGGCUUUUCAGACAAUUCACAAACAAUCUAUUUAACGUUUUCUAGAAUACUGUCAGCUGUGAAAUGAAGACUGUAACGCUCGGUGUUUUCAUCCUACUUGCGGAGCUCAACUUGGGAUCAUUUUCAUUAUUGCUGAAAGGGUGCCCUGAAAAAUGUGACAUAACUUAUGACCCCGUGUGCGCGAGUAACGGAAAAACGUACAAGAACAUGUGCAGAUUGGAACGGGAGAAUUGCUUUGCAAAAACUGAGAUCGUAGAACUCUACAAAGGAGAAUGUUUGAGUAGCGAAGACGACGAAAUCGAAGAUGAGAGGAGGCCUUACGGCUGUUUGAGGGUGGGACGCGGUAAAUAUCUCACCUGCUGAAUAUCGAAUCGAGUCAUCAAAGACUUAAAGCACAAACAACGACUCGACAGCAUAUCCCUGGACACAUCAUCUAAUUCUGAAAAUAUUACUUAUGUGGACAAAUGAUGACGCAAUUUGAAACGGAGUUUGUGGAAUUUGAGUUAUAGUAAUGAUGUAAUAUAACUCAAUUGUGCAUUAAGAGGCGUCAGUGGGGACAAACUGACGGACAAAUAGACUGACAGACAAGCAAACAGAUAGACCAGACAGGCGGACAUGUACGAUAACGCUACCCCAUCCUUUGGCCAUGAAAAGCGCAUUUCCUUCUCUUAAUUUUAAGCUAAUCAAUUUUACUUAUAAUGAAAUAAAAGUAUGUUA